UUGUCGGUAUGGCAUAGUUUUGUCGCCGUUUCGGUUUUCAACAACAUGGUUGAGAAGACUGAGGAUUUAAAGAGCUCACUAACAAAUUUGGUUAACGGUUUAGGGUACAUUUUGUCUGAUCGUUUACGAAAUGUAGAUGGUGAUUUCGAUUUUGAGUUGUCUCUCACUGCUUCAUCUGAUCUGGACACACGAUUCAUGCUGAUGCUUGACAGGUAUAUAAUGCCUGGGUCUAACACAGACGAUUCCAUACCUGUUAAGAAUGCCUGGGUGAAGUUUGCCGCAAUGGCCUCUGCAUACGUCUACAAAAAUGUUGGUGAGUCGGUUUCCAAACCCCUUCGAAAAUGGCUGGCGAAUGCUGCCAGUGCUGCGAUUCUCGCUGGACUACUUGCAGAAGUCCCCGAAUCGUCGGAUUCAAAUGAACGAUCUGCUUCUGAUGGAGAAACACCUGUCGAACAAGUCUCCACACCUGAUAGAGUAGUGGAGAAUCGUCAAGAUGGUGCCUGGUACUAUGGCCGUUGGACCGUUGACAAUGUUGCUAGCAGUUGUGAAUUGAUGGAUGUGAUCGAUGUUGAAAUGACAGAUGCAUCUAUUCGAGUGAUGAUUGCUGCUGUUGUUAAUUAUUUCCAGGAGAACAGAUUCGCUCCAUGUGGGUUGUUGAGAGACAGUUAUGCAAGUGCGAUACUGAGAAGUGAUCUAAUGGAUAGGUAUGGGUUAACAGACGAACAUGAUAAAAUCGAAGCGAUGCGUAUUACUGGUAGUUGGGUCUCGAAACUGUAUGUGUUUCACAUGGCGACGAAGCAUCGUGAUUUGGAACAUCCAAUCAGACCUAUAAAUAAUGUUGGUUUGGUGCGUCCUUUGAAACUAGAUAUCAGUCAGUGUUUCGAGGACUUGACAGCUAGAUUUAUCCGUACACGAAUCGCACAUCAGAUUGCCAGUCGGAUGGUGCGAUCUGUGUGCAUAGUGUUUUUUGAAGAUUUGAAUGAAUUGAUUGAGUUGCGGAAGCUGUAUCGUCAAAUAUCCAGUGAUCCAUUUUAUUAUCACUCUGACUGUGAAUAUUUGACGAAUUCAUCUCGACCGUCAGUCAGUGACAAGAUGAGUAGUAUAUUUGGUCGAUUGGUCACCUAUUUGAGUGUUUUUGAGCCAAAUAGUCAAUUGUUUGAUUAUCCACAGUUGAAAAUGAAUGGUAGAACUCGAGAACAACACUAUGUUGAUUACAGUAAGAAUUGGAAGAAGAUACUGGAGACGAUUUAUACAGAGUUGUAUAUGCCAAGUGGAAGUCAUUUAUUGGAUGUACUUAGAAGUAGAUGCAAGAUUGCAGAAAAUAUCCCACAAAAUGAAGAACUUUUGAGAGAAUGUUGGAACGAAUAUGGUGUCGGUUGGAAUAUUUCGGAGUUUAUUUUCCGAUAUUCACUUAAUCGUUAG